AUGACAACUUCGGAAAUUGAUACAUUAAGAAACUUUUUGUGUUCUCCUGAGAGCAUUGAUGCUACUGAACUAGUAAAUACUUUGGGAAUUAUAAAUAUUUCCAUAGAAGGACCGAACGGAGGACAAAUAAAGCAAACGAUCCUUAACAGUAUACCUCUUUCGGAAAUUUUCACGCUUUUAGGAGGUUAUAGUGAUGCAGUGACUUCUACAACUUGUAAAAUUCUAGAGAAGUUACUGCAGUCAAUGAAUUAUACUGAUAUAAUCUCUUCAGGGCUCAAGGAACAUUUGGCGCUAGGUCUUCAAUUUAAUUCUUCUGAAGUUCGAAUCUUGGCGUUGUGUCAAGUCGAAAAAUGUUUGGAGUCCGAAACAGCAGUUCAAGACUUAGUUGGUUCGCCGAUAUUUCCUGUCAUGCUGGAAGGAUUGGGAUAUGAAGAUAUUUUAAUAUCAGCAAAAGUGACCGAAUUCCUUAUAAAGCUUGCCAAUCACGCCGGCGGGUUACAUGCUAUAUUUGAUUCAGGAUCAAUUGCGAUUCUGAAUCAACUCUCUCAGGGAAACGAGUCAGUAAAGUUUCGCGUAUUUGAUUUGAUAUCUCAAAUAUCAAUAUCUUCUCCAGAGGCAUUUCAAUUAUGUGAAUCUUCUGGUGCCUUAAAUGCGAUAACUUCUGGAUUUAAUUCAACCGAUCUAUUGCUUAAAUUAAAUGCCAUAGAAACCUUUUCCAAGAUAAACCAAAGCCAUGCUGGAUAUAUAUUUCUUGAAAGAGCUGGAAUCUUGCAAUCUCUUGUUGAUGUCAUGACACAUGAUGAUGAUGGAGACAUUGUAUUAGUAUUAGUAAAAUGUGCGGCACUAAAAUUUUUUGGAAAAUUAUCAGAAAUAGAGGAAGCGGAUUUUUCAGAGGUUAAUAAUAAAUACAAGAUAUUGUCCAUUAUUGAUUCUUAUCUAUUAAGUUCUAAUUUGGAUUUAAAGAUAACUACGAUUAAUAUUAUCGGAGUUAUUGGAAGCAAUCCUCGUGGUCUAAAAUUAUUAAAUGCCAGUGUAGCACUCGGCAAUUUUAUGGACCUUUAUCAACAUUCAGCGGGUGAUAUUAAAAUAGCUUGUUUACAAACCAUUUCAUGUUUAUUUGGUGCUAGUGAAACCCCACCAACAGAACUUUCUGAUAUUGCUCAUCAAAUUUAUUUUCAAAUUGGAGGCGCUCCUACCCCUCUUUCCACAUUAAUAUCUAAUACUAAACAAACUUUAGAAGAUCUUCGGAUUGCUAGUUUUGCUAUUAUGCAAAAAAUGGCUCUGCAUCCUUGGGGUCAAACUGAGAUGUCAAAUUCCAAAGAAUUUAUUGAUUAUAUUUUAAAUCGAACAACUGAAACUACUAAAUUAGGAAAGGAAUGGAAGUUUACGAUUGUUCAAACUUUAGUCAAAGCUCAUAAUGCUGAAAAUAUUAUUCCACCCAACAUUUUUGAUCGUUUAACACGAUAUCUUCGAGAAGGACCUUUCUAUGUGAAAACAGAGGCUACUGUAGCAUUUGAAAGUGCAUAA